AUGUCUGGAAGGAACCAGGUUGGAGAAACUGAUCAAAAAUUCCCGUCAAAGGAAGAGAAGGGGUUGGAUCUUUCUGUGAGAUCAGAAGCUUGGAAAUUCCUCACCGGCUACUAUCCCUGGAAGAGUUCCUACGAUGAGAGGCUCACCACCGACAGCAUGAGACGAAAAAGCUAUGAGUCCCUGUGCACCAUGUACUCCAAGAUCGAACCGCUGCUGGAGACGGAGCAUCGAGACUUCACGGAAGUCCAGAACGUUAUACAAUACCAACAAGGUUUCCAUGAAAUGCUCCUUCUCUUCAGGCUGCUUGUUGAAGAGGAGCACGAGAUCUAUUGGCUGUUCCAGUUUUUCCUACAAAAAACGGAGAACAGCUGCAUCAUCAAUGUUGGGGUGCAGAAGAAUCUGGUCAUGCUGAACGCCCUGAUUACAUUCAUGGACCCAACCUUUGCAAAACACCUGGAUAAAUGCUGGGGUCACGAUUGA